GUCAUUUCGUCAGUCAUUGUCAGUGUAUUUAUAAAAUCGUCACAACUAAAUUUAAUUUGGUGUAAAUUUUUACUGUUGCUGAAUAUUAGCAUUUAUCCAUUGUUUAUGAAAUUAUAUUGCGUACUUCAGUAAAAGGCUUAUCAUUUACACAGAACUUCCGUAACUUCUUAAAGAGCAAAGUUCGACAACAACCACAUCGAAAUAAGCAGAUAUGGCAACGCGCAAGAAGUCUUUGCUGAAAGUGAUCAUUCUAGGAGAUAGUAGCGUUGGAAAGACAUCACUCAUGAAUCAAUAUAUAAAUAAACGAUUCUCAAAUCAAUACAAGGCAACGAUCGGAGCAGAUUUCUGUACAAAAGAAGUCAUUGCUGACGACAGAGUAGUCACAAUGCAAAUUUGGGAUACUGCUGGACAGGAACGCUUUCAAUCUCUGGGUGUGGCCUUCUAUCGUGGCGCUGAUUGUUGUGUACUUGUAUACGACGUCACUUCACCAAAUUCAUUUAAAAAUCUGGAUUCAUGGCGUGAUGAGUUUUUGAUACAGGCGAGCCCAAGAGAUCCGGAUCACUUUCCUUUUGUGGUGCUCGGAAAUAAAGUUGACAUGGAUAAUCGGCAGGUAUCUACUCGGCGAGCUCAACAGUGGUGUCAAUCUAAAAAUGAUAUGCCAUACUUUGAAACUUCAGCGAAAGACGGCACUAAUGUAGAAUUGGCAUUCCAAACUAUUGCCAGAAAUGCGCUUGCUCAAGAAGCCGAGGUUGAACUAUACAAUGAAUUUCCUGAUCAAAUCCGCCUUAACACAGAUCGUAACAAUCGCAGUGGAAACUCUGAUAACUGUCAGUGCUAAUAUAACUAUGCUGAAUUUAGCAGAAUAAUGGAUUGUAUUGAAAUUGAUGAAUAUUCAUAACGCGUUCGCGGCUAUAAUAGAAUUCAUCAGAAAAUAGACGUAAACAAAGAUGCAAUUGGUAUAAUAUUAAAAGAACGAAAAUAUUAAAAAAAAAGUAAAUAUAUUUGCAUAAAGCUGCAACUAAACAUAAUUUAAAUAUACAUUAAAAUAUGAAUAUUAUUACUAUAAUACUACACACAAUUAUACAUAUAUGAAAAAGAUUACGAUCUAUAAUUCAAAGGGGUUAUACAUUAAGUAAAACAAUUUUCAAGAGAAAUAAAUUAAAAUCGAAAAAACUCACGCCGUACUAAAGAGAAAAAACAUUUUUUCAGCUACAAGUUUCGCCAAAUAAAAGUGAAGUUAACUUGAACUAUUUGUAUGGA